AUGUCUACUGCCCUUUUCAACAUACACUCAGACAUUGACUGUCUUCAGCGGCGUCAACGUAGCUUUCCCGGCUCCAUUCGUACGACUAUUUCAUUUUGUUUUUCUCCCCUUCCUUCUGCCCCAUCCCGUAUCCCUUCUUUGAUGACACAAAAUUCACUGUACAACGAACAUCUCGCAUCAUGUAUCGAGACGUUUGUAGUCGUCAUCGUCGGCAAAUCGAUUUCUCAUCCGGUACCAGAAUCAACGCACCUGUAUUGGAACCCACUUUUACAUCCGGACGAGGCAGGGCAAUGUCGUUGUUGUGCUGUCUCCGUCUCCGGAUGGUUGAACUCUCGUCGUGGGUCGCUGUCCACUGGUUUCUACAAGAGAACACAGAUGCCGAUAUCACAGCCCACUUGUGCUUCCUCUUCCCGCCAAGCAAGUUGUUGCGAGAUGACGUUGACCUCGGGUAAAGAGAAUGACUCGACGACGCCCUUCAUUUCGGGAAGUCCACUCCGCAGACCACCCAACCAGGGCCCAUCGCGAACAUGA